AUGGCAAUGCAGAGCGAAGCAGUUGAGCGAAAUAACGAGAAAGAAAAUAGACCUGCCGAUCCGUCGCAUCGAACGAGAUUGGAUCCGGUGAAGGGCUGGACUACUACCUAUAUCAAAGAAUGCGCCGGUCGAAAGAAGGGCUUCUCCCUAGUUUGGUUUGACUGCCUUUGCGCUAAAAUUACCAAGCUCGCGUCAUGCAUCCCGACCCGGCUCCUGUCGCCGGACACUGUCCUCAAGCGUCGCAAGGCGAACAGUUUCGAGCUGGCCACCCUUCUGUGCAGCUAUUUGAUAGGAAAUGGAUUUGCAGCGUGCGUGGUGUCCGGUUACGCUACGCGGGAGAUCGUCAACAACGACCAGCGCCGGGUUAGCUGUCCCUACGUUCCGUGCCCGGUCCAGGAGCACAUCGAAGAUGAGGUGACUGAACCCAGCAAGUACCAGUUGCGCGAGCUCCCGGAUCUACGUAGCCGCUAUCUGCUUGAGCUCGAAGAGGAGAAGCAGGCCAAAAUUAGAGAGGAAGCACGUAAACUGGAGGAAGCUCGUUUGAAAGAAAUUGAGGAUCUGGAACGUCCCGCGGAGGAUACUAAAGCAGGCCACCGGCUGCACGCAUGGGUGGCAGUGAUCUUGAAUGCGCCUUGGUGCUAUAAACCAGGCUAUCGCGAGACCAUGAUCGACCCCAACAGCGGUGAAAAAGUACUUCUACCGCCGAGUGCAUUUUUCAUCGAACCGGCAUCAGGCUUCCGUUUCGAUGUCGAAACUCCUGACUAUUUAGGAAUUGAAAGUGUCUGGAACCAGCACAAUUACUACGUCAACAAGCAGGAACCUAUCACCGACAUCAAAAACAUGCGAUGGGAUUUCAAAAACACCCGUGACUGGGAGCAUUUCCUUCCAGGGGAACCGUACGAACUGCGCGAUGAUUGUAUCAUUCCAGAGGAUCAGGAACCUCUAACCAACGAGGAGGAGUUGGAGAAGGAAAAACACCUGGACAUGCCGGCAUCCUGGGUCGGUCCUCUGUCCGUUUCGCGGAAUCAGUACGAACAGCGGUACCCCAACGGUAGCAAAGCGAUCUAUUUCAAACGUGCAAUCUAUGAAAGAUUCGCUCCGUACUCCAACAUGGUCGGGUUGAUCAAACGGCUGACGAUGUUCGAAACGCUUGAGUACGAGAAUCCGACCAUUCGCUGGGAGUGGUACGAUAAUCGGGAUGACUCGCUGGAGAUGAUUGUGUACGAUUAUAAACGUAAGGAUAUCGAGGAACGGUUCAGUAAAGGGCGAGCGGACUGUUUGAAUACGCUGAAACGUAGCUCCGAGCCGGACAGGGAAUGCCGGUUGACGUUUUUCCACCAAUAUCGGUUCGACGCGCUGCGGGAGCUGGUCUACCAUCCGUGCUAUGUGGUGGAGAAUUAUGACAAGCGAGAUGAUUUAUUAUAUUUCCGAGAGUUCAAAAACGUACCGAAGGACCGCAGCACGUCGGAGGAGUGCAGAUUGACGCAUAUAACGGAAAAGUUUCAUCGCAACGCUGCCAUAGAAGCGGUCCGUGACAUUGCCACCCGGAACUGCUUCAUAGAGGAAAACCGCAUCGCCCUGCAGUUCCAUUACGGAGAUGAUUGCAUCACCGCAUCGACCAGGGAAUUCAUAAAGCCACCCAAAUCGGAGAUGGGCGAAGAAGUACCCUACAACCCUGACUGUACUUCCGGUUACAUUUCCAACCCGUGGGACCCUCAGCCGACCCGUUUAGAACUGUUCCUUCUGCUGAAAAAGCAACUAGCUGCCGAGGAAGCCUCCAGUCAGGCCUUCAAUCGUCGAGUGGUCGAAAUCGAAUCACUUCUAAGCGAGCGCCGGAAGAAAAUCGAUUCCCCGAAACUUACCUUCAGCUUAUUCGAUCCGCUUCGCAACGAGGAAGCUCGCCGCGUUCGAAUGCAAAAGUACGAACAGGUUAAAGCACGCGAAGAAAUUAUUAGAAAGCAGCAAGCCGACUUCCUAGCCCCGUACCUAAUCCGUCUGGACGGGACCCGUCCCGACAAGGAACGACUGAAGGCUGCCUAUCAGAGCUGCGUGCAGGACCUGCACCACUUCUAUCACACACUGGAGGACGAAGUUAAGGGCCGACUGGAUGAGCUGAUUGGCGAGGAGCAAGCGCUGAAACGCUUUCUGGCAAAAUUUCAGGAACACUUCGAGGAUGAGGAGUACGAGAAGUUUGUGCUGGAGGGGGAGAAUAUUGAGCGGAACAAAAAUGUUGCUGAGAUGAGGAUGGAACAUCUGAAGGAUGAGUACCGGGAGAAGGCGGAGCACCUGGAGAGAACGGUUCAGGAGAAGUUAGGUGCCAGUUUCGAUGAGGAGGACGCGUAGGGGUUUUUGACUUUAAUUGAAGAAUAGUGGAUUGGUUUCUUUUUGCGUGAAAAGCUGCGAUCGGGUAGCGUUCUUGUGGGAGCUAUAUGUGUUUAUACUGAUUGAUCAUUAUUGAAUUGGCUUUCUUUGAGUGGUGAUUUUCUAAAUCGAAAGUUCAAUCGAAAUCAAGCACAUGCCAUUUGCAUGUAUUUGCGGUAUACUUUUGCCAAGCAUUUGGAAGUUUACUCUUUGGAAUGUACUUUGUUCCAAAUAUUUAUCAACCUUGCAGCAUUUCGAAUAAUACAUACGGUGUGGUGUGAAAUUGUAUCAUAAAAUAAAUCAACGAACCUUACUGAAGAAU